AUGUUGUACCUGUGGCAUUUGAAUUGUUCAGCUGGGAUAGUGUCUGGGCCCUGGAGGGGGGGAUGGUGGCAUUCUCUCAAUACUGACCCUCUCCCUCCAGAGCUGUGUGGAACACCAGGGUAUCUAGCACCAGAGAUUCUUAAAUGCUCCAUGGAUGAAACCCACCCAGGCUACGGCAAGGAGGUCGACCUUUGGGCUUGUGGGGUGAUCUUGUUCACACUCCUAGCUGGCUCACCUCCAUUCUGGCACCGGCGCCAGAUCCUGAUGUUACGCAUGAUCAUGGAGGGCCAGUACCAAUUUAGUUCACCUGAAUGGGAUGACCGUUCAAACACCGUCAAAGACCUGAUUUCAAAGCUGCUGCAAGUGGACCCUGAGGAGCGUUUGACAGGUGAACAGGCCUUACAACAUCCCUUCUUUGAGCGUUGUGAAGGCAGCCAACCCUGGAACCUCACCCCCCGCCAGCGGUUCCGGGUGGCAGUGUGGACAGUGCUGGCUGCUGGACGAGUGGCCUUAAGCACCCACCGUGUACGACCACUGACUAAGAGUGCACUGUUGAGGGACCCUUAUGCCCUGCGGCCAGUGCGACGCCUCAUCGACAACUGUGCUUUCCGGCUAUAUGGGCACUGGGUCAAAAAGGGUGAGCAACAGAAUCGGGCAGCCCUCUUCCAGCACCAGCCUCCUGGGCCUCUUCUCAGUAUUGGACCCGAAGAAGUAAAGGACUCAGCUACUAUCACCGAGGAUGAGGCUGCAAUGGUGCUGGGCUAGGACCUUAGCUCUGCACAAUCUCAGAAAGCAACUCCCUCUAGGAGGAGGGCUUUGGUCAUUCCAGUCCCUCUGGGCUCUCGCCUCAGGCGCCCCUGCCUAGGUAGGCCCACCACCGAUCAUGCAUCUAUCAUAAAUACCAGCCCUGUAUACCUACCCCCGCUGGCCAGGGCUCUGAGAUCAGAGCUGGGGUGGAAAGGAGCCACUGCGAAUGCCAUGCCUGGCUUUAUCAGCAUUGCUUGUGCUGCAUAUGAAAUAAAAUCUGCUACACGCCAGGGA